UUCCAUGUGCAGCAAGGUUCAAGUGCAAUAGAAAAUAAAUAGAUCUAUAAAUAGGAUUUUAUAUAAUAAAGCAAAUCUGUUUGUAAGCGCCGAUCGUUCAAAAUUGAUACUAACCAAUUUUAUCAAAGUGUGCAAACAUUGGACUCGCUAUUAAUUUCGUAUGACUUUUAAGCAUUGACAAGUUAUUCAAAAUUUAUAAGAAAGUUUUUAUUGCAUCACUUGGAAUUAUCGCACAUUUGUGGAAACUUAUCACACCUCGAUACAACAUGGUAUCAAUAUUUUACUUUUAAAUGCUUAUGCAUGUACAUUUUAGGGCACUGUGUUUUUCGAAUGUUCCAAGUAUAUAUUCGAUUAGUUUCAAAUUUUCAAACAUAUAACAAUUGCAUUCGACAGUCUCAGGUAACUAGUAUGUACAUUCAAGAAGAACUAACUUUAGUGAAAACCACAAAAGUCUUAGUUAGUUGGGUCGAAUCGCCUGAUAAAAUUUAUGUCACAAAGGUAGGACAGCAAAGCGAUCGACUAAAAAAACUGUUAAAUGAGCUAAAAGAACAUUAUGAAACUAUUACUUUACCAAAAAAGAUUGAAGAUCCCAUUCCAGGUUUACCAUGUGCCGUGAGAUUGGAAGAUAAUCUGUGGUAUCGUGCUGAAAUUGUUGAAGUAAUUGAAAACAAUAAUGCCAAGAAGAAGAUCAAAGUGUAUUGCAUAGAUUUAGGUUGCAUUGUAUCCUUGGACUUUCCAUCUAAGCUGAAUUCGAUACAAGAGAUUCCGUACGCAUAUACUCUACUGAAUGCUCAAGCCAUAAGGAUAUCGUUAAUGUACGUUACUCCUACAGAAACUGAAAAGUGGUCUUCUCAAGCCUUUCUUAUAUUAAGAAGUGCACUUCUUACAAAAAAAGUUUCAGUAUAUCCUAAGAUAAAAAAACGCAAUGGACAUUACUUGGGUUGUAUCAUUAGCGAUGGUUUGGAUAUCAGCAAAUUAUUAAAAAGCUCAGGUUGUGCCAAAGAGUAUAUGCAACAUUUGAAAAAUAGUCAAUACAAAAUACCACAUAUAAAGCAACGUAAGACAAGAUAUAACAGAAAAUACGAGGAGAAAAAGAGAAUACUAAAAGUAAACACGGAUAAUGGAAAUAAACUAGAAGACGAAAGUAUUAUAUCCGAUAAUUUGUACGACUAUAGUUGUAAUACCGUAGACAUUACAAUGGACAACAGUUCAUCAAGUAGCACCCCUGUUCAGAGUGAAAAACAUCCAUUUAUGAUAGAGAUACUUGUACACCAGUGGGAAAGUCCGGAUUGCAUUUACGUUUCUCAAACAUCUCGCGAAGACUCAAUGAAAAAACUGAUAUGGGCUAUACAAAAAUUUUAUAACAAAUAUCACUCCGAACCAAGAAACAAUUGGGACGUGAAUGACACGUGUAUUGUUUAUUCCGCGAAGGACAAGUCGUACUUUCGUGCCUAUAUUUUAGAUAUACAAUCCCCGAAAGAAGUGUUGGUUCAGUUUUAUGACAAAGCUUUCAAGGAGAUAGUAACGCUGAAAGACAUACAAGUUUUACAUCCGACAUUCGCGAAGGAAGCAGCAUAUUGCUUCAAAGUGAAACUGGCCGGUAUUAUGCCGUGCGGCGACAAACCCGACUCGUGGCCAUCCUUGACAAUUACAGAGUUCCAGAAACUUAUGCGAGAAAAUUAUCGGCGAAAAUUUUAUAUUAGCAAACCGGUCCAAGAAGAAAUGCGCGAUGGCGUGAUACCUGUUGAAUUGUGGGUACGACAAGUUAUAACGCCGGGACCGUUUGAGCCGGAUGUAAUACAGAUUAAUUCUGUCAACAGAAUGUUAGUGGAUAAAGGCGUCGUUUUACCUAUUAGAGACUAUUUCGCGAAAGCCGACGCAACCCUCGCCACCGAGCUUGAAAACCACUUGAAAGACAAUCAUCAGCUUGCAUUGAGCAAAGAAGAAGCUAAGUGGUUCAAUAAUUUCCUUCUUUCUCGCACAAAGAAAAAUGUAGAGUCGGAGAGAAGUGACGAUGAUAAGCUGUGCGAUAAUCUUAGCAUUAACGCUUUAACCGAUUCUUUAAUUGCCAAUUGCACAAUCAAAGAUUGGGCGGAGAUCAGUAAUGCAGCCAUCACCUCUUGGUUGCCACCGAAUACAAUAGAAGAAGAUGAAUUCUACGCCAUACCAUCUUAUGUCGAUCAACAAUGCGCCAUAUACUUGCGUCCUCACAAUGCAGCCAAUAAACAACUGCAAUUUAUACAAAGAGAGUUGAAAAAUCACUAUAAAAAUGUUAGUAAAAUAAAUACAAUACAGUGGAAGGAAGGGGAUAUAUGUAUCGCCCGAUAUCACCUUGAUAACCAAUGGUAUCGAGGUAAAAUUGUGAAAAACUUUGAAAACAAGUUAAUGGUACAGUAUGUCGAUUACGGCAAUAUAGAAGAAUGCGAUCUGGAGGAUGUGACGGAUAACGUUAGACUGGGACACAUUCCUAUACAGUGCACGAAGUGCGUUAUUGGCGGACUGAAAUCGACCACGUCGAACGGUAAAUGGAGAACCUGUGACUUGGACCAGAUACAUGCGCUUCUGGUCGACCGUGUGUGCAAAGUGAACAUAUUACGGCGAUUACAGACGCAUUUAGUUAUAUCGAUAUCUUUACUCGAACCUAAGAUAUGCGAUUUCUCAUCGUUUAUAAUAAAAUAUUAUAACAUGCGCGCUGCUAUCGAAAAAAUUGACUGGAACAGUUCGAUGUAUUGCGAAAGCGAAACAAUCAACAAUUCCGUAUUUGUUGCCAAGGAUGAUUCUGUAAAUACUGUUCCGACGGGAUCGUUAAAAGACGAAGAAGGGACGGAAGAAUUUGAUACUUCCAAGAGGAAUUCAUCAGGGACGUACGUGCAGGAUACAUCGAAUGAGAUUGUAAUCAGUGGCAAUUUAGAGUCGUCAAAGCUCCAACUGAUCGAAUCCAUUGACGCUAAAGAAUCCGAUUUCGAGAUAGCAUCGAUAGAUUUCCACACGUUGGAUUUGGGUAACAGAAAUCUGAUCUGUUCAACGCCACAAGAAGUAAUAGAGGACGUCUUUGAUAUGUACAAUUAUUUGACUAUUCCGCGGAACACAAAGUACAUAGAAUUGAAACUCAUUUUUAAUUUAGACGCCACCACCGCGAUAGCACAAAUAGCGGCAAAUAAUAACGACAUAUUCUCUAAAAAAUUAAACAAAACUUAUCUGCAAUUCAAAGCCAUGAUGUCUGAGUUGCAGGCCAGCGCGAGCUCUCAACCGUUGCUCCAGCGUUUUGACAAGUGCACACCAUGCGUGGCGAAAUUCACUGACGACUUAUGGUACAGAUGUGCGAUUGUAGAUUGCGAGAAAGAAGAAGAUACUCAGUAUUUGAAUGUAAACUUAUAUUACAUCGAUUACGGUAACAUGUCUCAGACACAAGUGAACUUAUUGUCCACGACCGACGGCUUACGCGUGUCAAAAGACGAGUGGCUACAGUUGCCCGCAAUGUGUCUCACGUGUAAAUUUUGGCACCUGGAGUUUGUCGGUACUGAUCGCACAGCAUUGGCAACCAGGUUAAACGAGUUGUACAACAACAAAGUUAUAGCCGAAAUUAAGGAGAAUAACGGUUCUAACAACGAGCUGGUAGUGCAAGCGUAUAAGGACACAACGUGCAGGGAACUCUUUUUUGCCGAGCUGAUAGAAGAGGGCUUCUAUCGAUUCAACAAUCCCGAGAUCGAUAACGAAAUCAAAACCAUCGAAAUAUCCAAAACUUCUAUCGACGAAAUGAAUUGAAGAUAUUUUUUUAAAGC